GGCUGGGGGCGGGACUGCAUUUCCCGGACUCCCCUGCGGCAGGGGCUUCUGGCGUUCUAAGCUCGGUAUGUGGCGUCUGGCUCGCACUUUGUGCGAGCGUACUGCGAAGAGCAUCAGGCAUUCCCGCCCACCGUGCAGGCCUACCGCCCUCAUGUCCACUAUGCUGAUCCAUCAUCCUGACUAUGCUUGGCUGCAAGAGCUGGGGCUCCGCGAGGAGAACGCGGGCGUGUAUAAUGGAAACUGGCGCGGCGGGGGACAGGUAAUUACGUCCUAUUGUCCUGCUAACAAUGAGCCAAUCGCAAGGAUCCGACAGGCCAGUAUGGAAGACUACGAAGAGACUAUAAAGGAAGCCAAGGAAGCUUGGAAAAUGUGGGCAGAGAUUCCUGCCCCAAAGCGAGGAGAAAUAGUAAGAAAGAUUGGCCUUGCCUUGCGGGAGAAGAUCCGAGUACUGGGAAAACUGGUGUCUUUGGAGAUGGGGAAGAUCUUAGUGGAAGGAAUAGGAGAAGUUCAGGAGUUCGUGGACAUCUGUGACUAUGCUGCUGGCUUGUCAAGGAUGAUCGGGGGACCUGUCUUGCCUUCUGAAAGACCUGGCCAUGCUCUCAUUGAGCAGUGGAACCCAUUAGGCCUGGUGGGAAUCAUCACUGCCUUCAAUUUCCCGGUGGCCGUGUUUGGCUGGAACAAUGCCAUAGCGCUGAUCACAGGGAAUGUCUGCGUCUGGAAAGGAGCCCCAACAACUUCUCUUGUUACUAUAGCUGUCACAAAGAUCGUAGCCAAGGUUUUAGAGGACAAUGAUCUGCCUGGUGCCAUUUGUUCCAUGACUUGUGGUGGAGCAGAUAUUGGCACAGCAAUGGCCAAGGAUACACGUGUGAACCUGUUGUCCUUCACUGGGAGCACUCAAGUGGGGAAACAGGUGGCCCUGAUGGUGCAGGAGAGGUUUGGGAAAAGCUUGCUAGAGCUUGGAGGAAACAAUGCCAUUAUAGCUUUCGAGGAUGCAGACCUCAGCCUGGUUCUGCCAUCAGCUCUGUUUGCCGCCGUGGGAACAGCUGGACAAAGGUGUACCUCUGUGAGGCGGCUGUUUUUGCAUGAAAGUAUCCAUGAGGAAGUCGUACAAAGACUGAAAGGCGCCUACUCGCAGAUCCGUGUUGGCAACCCCUGGGACCGGAAUAUUCUCUAUGGACCACUCCACACCAAACAGGCAGUGAGCAUGUUUGUUAGAGCCGUGGAAGAGAUAAAGAAACAAGGAGGCACGGUGGUCUACGGGGGCAAGGUUAUGGAUCACCCUGGCAAUUAUGUAGAGCCCACCAUUGUGACUGGUCUUGCCCAUGAUGCAUCCAUUGUGCACGAGGAGACUUUCGCCCCAAUUCUCUACAUCUUCAAAUUCAAGAAUGAACAAGAGGUUUUUGCAUGGAAUAAUGAAGUGAAACAAGGACUUUCAAGUAGUAUUUUUACCAAGGAUUUGGGCAGAAUCUUCAGAUGGAUUGGACCCAAAGGUUCAGACUGUGGCAUUGUGAACGUCAAUAUUCCUACCAGCGGGGCUGAGAUUGGUGGUGCAUUUGGAGGGGAGAAGCACACGGGCGGUGGCAGGGAAUCUGGCAGCGAUGCCUGGAAGCAGUACAUGCGAAGAUCCACGUGUACCAUCAACUACAGCACGGACCUGCCUCUGGCUCAAGGCAUCAAGUUUGAGUGACGAUGCUUUAUUUGGCAUCACUUAGCCAUUCCUGCGGCUACUCUGAAGAAGCCCAAGGAAACGCUGAUUUUCCCUGAUCGUUUUGUAUCUAACAGCGUCUGAUCUCCAGUGAUCCCCAAACCUGACUAAAUCAAGAUACUAAUUUUUCAGAAAUUGAAAUUAAAUAUUCUCAACCUAGCCACAUUUAGCAAAAGAUGGGUUUGGUGAAUUUGUGUCACUAGUGACCUUUUUUUAUUACAGUUAUUUCUUGGUUAAGUAAAUGCCAUCAUAGGAAGCUGGGGAUAUGGAAGACCGAAUAGAGAGGGAAGAGAGUCCUUGCAGUAGAGAAGAUGAAGGCUGUCCUCUGAGCAGUGUUCACUACUCACAGUCCCCUCCUCUGGCCGGGAUUGAAGGGGAGAGGUACCCUCACAUGCUGGGGACCACAGCACAGUUUCGUGUGCAUGACUUGCAGUGUUCCAAAUGACAGUGGGUCACUGUUGGGUGAGGCGAGGGAUUUAGCUCAGUUGUGAAUGGUUGCCUAGCAUAUGUGAAGUCCUGGGUUCAGUUCCCAGCACCACCACAACAAAAAAUGCUGUAGUCAACGAAGGGUGUUCCCCCAUGUAUGACUCCUGCUCAUGACUGUGUGGGGUAGACAGACCUUCAUUCUUGUCCCAGAACUUGUCACCUGCUGGGAACUCUGGGGCUGAAGUCACUCAUAAAAGCACUCCUGGAUGCCUCGAGUGACCUCAGACCAUAAGCCAGAGCCCGGGCUUGUGCUGAUGCUCAUAGGUUUCUUAGCCUGAAUGCUCACAGUGCAUGCAGGGAAGGUCACUGCUGAGCAUCUAAGGUCUCACCGGGAAGCAGUGGCGUACCUGCUCUGUGGUGCUGUCACUCUGUACUGCAUAGCAGCCACCACUGGGUCUACUGUCACACUGAGCCCCUGCAGAUGCCUAAGGAGGAUGGGACAUUUGUAGGUAACUAGAGUCAUGGUGUGGAAAGAUUUGGAUGACAGUAAAGAAUUUGGGGGACUGAUUUCAGUGUGGGGAAGCGGCGGGUGGCACACCAACCAGUUACAAAUGUGUGUUCACACCUCUCUGUUGUCACCAGUGAGGAGCAUUGAGUGGCAUGCCCUUGCCAUCACUGACUAUGAGCCAAGCUAAAUGCCGGUGACAGAGCUACUGAGAGGCUGUUGUCAAGAAUGAGGGUAGGGGGAAAAUAAACAGUUCAUUUCUUGGGGAAAAAUUGUUGACAGUGCCCCAAAUUACUAAGUAAGAAAGUGACAUGGCUUGCUAAGAUUUGCAGGUGGAUUCUGAAUCAUUGCUGUGGCCAUGAGGACCCAGGUUGUGCUUUUUCAUAACACACACAAUGCAGUGAGCUGGCCAGUUUCUACUGCCUAAUUAGAACUGUUUUCCUGAGAUAGGCUUUCCCCCCCAGGCAUCCCAAGAGCUGGGACUACAGGUGUGUAUCACUGCCCAGCUUGAUUCUUCAAAGCAAGAGAAUGAAGUUGGAGCAUCAGGAACUUGGAAUAUAGUCCCCACACCAGUAAAUGAGUGUGGCAGUGCACACCUGGAGUCUCAGCAGUCAAGUGGUAGAGACGAAGAUCACGAGUUCUAGGCCAUCCUUCGAAACGAGACCAUGUUAUGAUGAACACAACAAAAAUAAAAUCAGGAUCAGUGUUGUAACUCUGGAUGGCCUUGAACCCAGAGAUCCACCUGCCUCUGCCUCCCAAGUGCUGGAAUUAGAAGUCUGUCAUCACACCUGACCAGUACUCAUUUUGAUCAACACACACACACACACACACACACACACACACACACACACACACACACACUUAAACACUUCAGUUGAAUUGCUAAGGAGCUAUGAUGAUGUGGCCACAUGUGACAAUGGCAUUUAUGUCCAGUGUGUAGAAGAUGAUGGAGAGUUAGAAUCUUGGCCGAAGCUGAUUCAGAGGUCCCUUUGAGACUUCAUAAUUUUUAUGUGUUUCUAGCACAAGGACUUGUUUGUCAUAAUGUUUUUAUUAAAACUUUGGCUUUUAA